AUGAGACCCCGGGACCCCAGAGUGAACUGGUAUCUGGAUGCCAGCCCCAUCCUAGUCGUCUUUAUGUGCCUCUUUCUCAGUAUGCUAGUGCCUACCACCCUGACUUCACUUUCCGAGCUGUCUCCUCUUUUCUCUCUUCCCUCCCUCCCUAUCUAUUACACUAUUCUCAGUCGUCCAGAUGUUGUAGCAUUGUCUGGUGUAAUGCCACCUUUUUGCUUCCAAGACUGCCACUACUUCUACCGCACGGCGCUGCGCGGAUUGAACAUCAGCACCAACGUCUCGCCUCUCUACGCAUAA